AUGGAGGUGCCGAAAGCCCGGGGAGCUGGCAGGUCCGGCCCGCGUCGACGGACAGGGUGCCUAACAUGCAGGGCCCGUAAGGUCCGGUGUGACGAAGGGAAACCAGGCUGCUCCAAUUGCGAUCGACUGCGUCUACGAUGCCUCUAUAAACCCUCUCUCACCCCCGACGUGGGGUGGGGUUCAUCACCAACCCGACCAUCAAACAAUACAACCGCAUCGCCGAAUAAAACAGCAGACCUAGGGGUUUCAGGCUCAGGGUCAUGCGGUACAGCUGCGGCUGCAUCUCGAUCUCCCGACGUCAACUUCUUUAGUACCGUGCUCCGCGCAGACGGCCACCACACAAUACCAGCGCCGACAACCAUACUUCGGCAUCUCCCUACAGACCGGGACCCCUAUCCUUCCGAGUUUGACAUGCUUGGAUUCAUGGGCGGGAUCACUUCAGAGCUGGAACAGAAACACCUAGACUUGACAACUGGACACACGAUGGCUUUCACCGCUAGUCCGCCGUCGCAGUCGCUACCCGGGACACUCACACCAGGCAUGGAUGAAGGGCACUUUUCAGCAGACCGUCGUAUUCCACUUACUCCAGAUACCUCAUCUUCACUUAUUGAUGGGACCUCGACUGGAAGCGCUUCAGACGUGCCCACUACGCGGCGCAGCUUGUCCGACGCAGGCGGUACUUCGUAUGAGGACCAGCUGCUACAGCACUUUCUGACCAUUGACCCACCGGCUGCUUUUUUUGCGCCGAUAAACAUCGAGUGGAAGUAUAUGCGGCCGGCGCUGCUGGCUCAUGCACGAGAUUCCAGUCCGCUUUUGAAUGCUUUAUACUGCUAUGCAGAUGUCCAUAAGGCGAUGAUGGAAGGGAAAAGAUGGCGCUGGGCGCCAUCUUUCUAUAGAGUGUCCAGUGCCGAGAUCCAAGCUUGUAUUCAUGGCGAGGUGACCGAGUCCACGCUCAUCAAAGUCUUCGGUGCUAUUUUUCUCUUAAUGAUAUCCGAGAUUCUCUCAUCUCCCGAAAUAUGUACCGGAACUUCUUAUAUUCACUCCGGGUACCUUAUUCUACAACGGUUCCAUGAUCGUACCCGACAUUGGACCGGUCUAGGUCAUCUCCUAGUGUCAUGGGUUUCGCUGCUAGAUGUCAAGUCCCUGAUUGCAGGUCGAGAUGGCGAUCCUCUCCCUGAGCUUGGCAAUAUCCCAGAACAUAGCAUACCACUAAAACCACUAGAUGCACAAACUUCCCAAACACCUCACAUAACAGCGCCAACAGCCAACUAUAAACAAGAGGACAGCAUCGAAGACCCAUUCCUCAGCCCCAACUACCUCGUCUACGAAUCAAUCGUAGGCCCAGCAUUCCGAUUCUUCACACAAGCCCAACAAGUCGUCCGACGAAUAGUCUGCAUCGACCUCCACCAUCGCAGCCGCGGAACCCUCACCGACGAGUUCGAAGUCCUCCAACUCGCCCACAAAGUCGGCGCAGACCUCGAAACACUCUGGCACCGACGUCCCUCAGUAAUAGACGUCUAUGGACGACCAGAAGCCCUAACCGAUAUCCUGUGCACGCCUGUGGCAUCGGAAAUCUGCCGCACAUUCAGACAAUACGUGGCCAACUUCUUAGCCAACUUUAUCUACUUGCAUCGCGUUGCAUUUGCGAUCUACCCUCGCACAGACCGCGUUAACGGCGCCGUCGAUCAAAUCAUUCAACUGGCUACCGUUGACUCUACCGGGCCGGACCAUCUGCCUGUUAGCUUCCUGUGGCCGCUGUUCAUUGCUGGGCUCGAGGGUACGGAAGACCAGCGCAAGUGGAUUAUCAAUGAGAUUCAGCGUAUGGCUGCUGCCCAUGAAGCUGACUCCGCACCUUCGGUCUCUCGCCAUCCAACCGCUGAUAGGGUCCUUGUGCUAGUGGAGGAGAUGACGAGGCGGCAGAAUGUGUCGCGUACAUGGGCAGACUCGAAAUGUGUGAGGCGGGAAUUGUUUUCGGACUUUUUCAUCGUUAUUUGA